ACAGCGUCGUAUACGCCCAUAUCUGCCUUGCUGUCAUUCCUAAAAGCACAACUUUCUAUUUUACGUGCUCAUCUGUGUUUGCUUUUAUCUCCAGACCGAAUCUUUGGAUAUUUUUUUUCCUCUUUAAGCUGCGAGAAUAAUUCGAAUUCGCCGUACACAUCUGUAAUCAGCGAGGAUGGCCCAACAAGUAGUAACCACGCAACCAGGAGGUCACACUGUCGUCACUACCCAGCAUGUCUCCGUAACCUUUCAAGAGCGGGAUUGGUCAACCGGACUGUUUGGUUGUUUUGAAGACAUUAAAAGCUGCCUCUGUGGUUAUUUCUGUUUGCCAUGCUUCCAGUGUCAACUUGCCACUAAAAUGAACGAGCAUUGUUGUGUACCCAUUUGUGUGCCAGGUGCUCUAACAGCAAUGCGAGUUAAAGUUAGAACUCAGCACCAUAUCGAGGGUUCAAUGAUGUAUGACUGUUGUGCUACCACCUACUGUGGUCCCUGUGCUGCUUGCCAGAUCCACCGUGAACUCGAAAAUAUCGAGAAGGGGAGAGUAACCGCUUAGUAUCACGUGACCUUUGCUCGGUGAUGACGUUUAUGGCUGAUGAACAACGAAACAUUUUUUGAUUAUCUGAAAUAUUUUAUUAUAUAAUAGUCACACUGUUUUAUACUCGGUCGCGCUCACAUUUUACAAUUUUAAAAUAUUCCCUUCCUAUGGUCACGAGUUUUCUCUGUUCUCAGUUAAAUAGUCCACUGAGCCAACUUUCCUGGUCGGAAGAAAUUUUAAAUUUCAAGAUGGGUUGUUUUGGUUUUUUUUUUUUUAAAUAGGGUAGAAGAUUUUUAACCAUUAAAUUAUGCAUGACUAUAUGUAGUGUAUAUCAGUGUUUGUCUACAAUGUCACGUGUAUUUGAACUCAUGAAUUGGUAAUUUACAUGAUGAUGACGUCAGCAUACAGAAUUGACGGAUUAAAACAACCAUUCUAGGAAUGCUGACGUUGAUGUUCUUCACAAUAUGGAGUUGAUUGUUAUCAUGGUGUAAUUCGCCGUGAAACUGUGUACUGUAAUAUGUUGUUUUUACGAGGCAUGGGAGUGGACAAGACAAAGAAUGUAAAGCCGAGGAGUUUUUCCCCGACGACAGCCAUACUUGUGUAAGACGUAGAUUUGAAAUCAAGGCUGGUGAACUGUAAUAUAAUUUUCAAGAUAAACUUUAAUGGAUUGCUCACGUGAUAAAUUUCACAAAAUUAAGGGUGUAGUUUAGUUUGUUGUUCACUGCCAUUCCUCUUCCUAACAAUCUAUUAUUGCGCCCCCUGUGUCUGGAUCGGUUAAACUGAACUAGUCUACCGCGUGAGGGCACAUGCUCCUGUGUAUGUUCCCCUGGGGACUUACCUGGGGAUUUUCCCCUUUCCAGGCAGCUAAAAUGGGAAAACGAAUACCCCUUUUCAGACAAUUUGCUAAAAUGUAUAGUCAUUUUAGUAAUGAAUGUUGAAAUUGUAGACCCCUUUCCAGACAUCUUUGUUCAGAACUUUGAGGGGAACGCAUUCCAGGCACUAUGCCCCAAAAAGAGAACCUCUUCGCCACAUGUGUUACCACAGCAACAUCACGUACGCACAUUUGGCUCUAACCCUUGACAGUAUUUAGAAUCAACAACUUGCAUGGUUAGGGUAGACAUUACAAAUAUAGAUUACAUGUAUUUGAUAAAUAGAUUGUUUACUAUUUGUAUUUACUAGUGCCGACUCUGCAAGGCAGACACAUCCCUGGUAAUCACUUUCCCUUGUCCCUUGCUAUCUUGAAAAAACAAAAUCACCAACCAUUAAAUAAUAGUCCUGUGACAUCUAUGGUUCUUGAAACAAAAAAACAGGUCAUUUAUCGAAUUCUGGAAAAGAAAAAAAAAGAAUUGUUAUCUUCCGUUAUUUUUCCGUCAUUGUACGAGGAAUAAAGUAUGAACUGAUUUACGUGAGAUGUUUAUACAAGUUAUAUUAUUGAAUUAAUAUUCAGACUACUGAGUCACGUGUAAACUCUUUCCGUAUUCAUAUUUUUUCCCAUCAUUAUUCAUAUUGAUUCAAUAGUAAUAAAAUCAUAUUUGUGAUAUGUCAUAA